AUGGCGCCUCAGAAUCCUCCAUCUUCCCACCAAGAGUCUAGGUCUACGCAUACCCGACCAUAUGUCUAUCGACCCCUAAGUGAUGGAUAUGAGGGGAUAUCGCAUAAGCGCGACCGGGAUUCCGUCGAUGGAAAUCAGCAUCAUCAGUUGGCGAUGACUAGUCAUGAUCAUGAAUACUCGCGGUUUGAUGCUAAAUCAUCACGCCGCACUCAUUCCGUUUCUUCGGAGAGUCGACGGGACUGUAAAAGGGUAUCACGGGAUACUUAUCGGGAUCAAGAUGCAGUCGCCUCGAGUAGCACGCAUGGUCAUGCUCAUCACAUGAACAAUCAUACUAUGCCAAUGACUUCUAAGAAUAAAGAGGUCUCCGAUGAGAGUAGGCAUCAAGCCAGCCAUAAAGAUAAGCAUCAGAUACCAGUGCCGCCAAAAGCUCCCAAGAUCACAAGGCUCCCGACCCCAGAUUUUGACGAUAUAGGCCAUAGUGAAUAUGAUAUGUCAAAUCAUCAAUUCUGCGAAUGUUGCGGGGAUGAUGGUAGUUCUUGUACCACGGCGAAGAUCGAAAAACGAGUAAAUCCUUAA